AUGAUUUUCCCUCGUCAUCAUUUGGAUGAAGGAUUGAAGGUUGAAUACCUAACAGUUAAAGAUCCACUUGAAUUGUGGACUGGUUUGAAGGAAAGUUAUGACUAUAUUAAGGUAACGGUAUUGCCCAGGGCUCGCUAUGAGUGGAUUCACUUACGAUUACAGGAUUUUAAAACCGUAUGUGAUUAUAACUCUGUUGUGUAUAGAAUUACUUCCCAAUUGAAAUUAUGUGGGUAUAAUAUAACUGAUAAGGAUAUGUUGGAAAAGACUCUUACGACUUUUCAUGCCUCCAAUUUAGUAUUACAACAGCAGUACCAUGAAAGGGGUUUUGAAAAGCAUGCUGAUUUGAUCUCAUGCCUUCUUGUGGCUGAGCAGCAUAAUACCCUUUUAUUGAAAAAUCAUGAAGCCCGUCCUACUAGAACUGCUCCAUUCCCGGAAGCGAAUAUGGUAGCAGUACAUGGCCUAGCUAAAAGAAGACAAAAUAAUUGGAGCCAUAAUAAUGAGAAUGGGCGUGGCAAGAGCAAGGGACGAUAUAAUAAUCGUCGUGAUGGUGGUCACCAUAAAAGGGAGAACAAUACGGGUUAUCAAGGCAAUCCUUCAAGGAGCAACUGUCAUCGUUGUGGUUUGAAAGGUCACUGGAAAAAUGAAUGCCAGGCGCCUGAACAUUUUGCCAGGCUUUAUCAAAAUUCCUUCAAAAGAAAGGCAAAUAGAGGUGGUGCCUCUUCUGCUAAUGUCCGGGUGGAGUCACACAUGACUUUAAAAAAUGACGAUGAGGCAGGGCCUUCAUGA